UAAAACGGACCACACAACACACCGACUCGGUCUUCUCUUUUAUAUUUCCUCAUAGCGGGGUUUCUCUUCUGUCGCGGGCGUCGCCUUGUACCCCCAUUCGAUAAACAUUCGAAGCUAUCAAUUUUACACCGGAUCGCAGCUCCGAUCAGAGUUUUAACGACACAGGUUUUUCAAUCAAGCCAUUAGACAACACUAACCCUAGAUUUGAAAAUCCGAGUGAUUUCCGGCAUCAUGCAAGCCCCUGUAGCACCCAAGAACCGAUUAGAGUUUCUCAACACCAGACCUCCACCAAAUUAUGUAGCUGGAUUAGGUCGUGGAGCCACCGGUUUCACCACCCGAUCCGAUAUCGGUCCCGCCCGUGCCGCCCCUGACCUCCCUGAUAGGUCAGCAGCUGCUGUCGGUGCUGCAGGCCCUUCUGGUGUUGGGCGUGGGCGAGGUAAAGGUCCAGGUGAAGAAGAAGAAGAAGAGGAGGAAGCUGAAGACAAGGGAUAUGAUGAAAAUCAGAAAUUCGAUGAGUUUGAAGGUAAUGAUGUUGGAUUGUUUGCUUCUGCUGAAUAUGAUGAAGAAGAUAAAGAAGCCGAUGCUGUGUGGGAUGAAAUCGAUAAGAGAAUGGAUUCAAGAAGAAAAGACAGAAGAGAAGCAAGGUUAAAGGAAGAAAUCGAAAAGUAUCGAGCUUCAAACCCUAAAAUCACCGAACAAUUUGCUGAUCUCAAGAGAAAAUUAGUCACACUUUCUGCUGCAGAAUGGGAUAGUAUCCCUGAAAUUGGUGAUUAUUCUUUAAGAAACAAAAAGAAAAGAUUUGAAAGCUUUGUUCCUGUACCCGAUACCUUACUUGAAAAAGCUAGACAAGAAAAGGAACACGUGACUGCAUUAGAUCCAAAAAGUCGAGCCGUGGGUGGAACCGAGACACCAUGGUCUCAAACACCGGACUUGACCGCUGUUGGUGAGGGUCGAGGGACGGUUUUGUCAUUAAAACUUGACAGACUUUCAGAUUCUGUUUCGGGUUUGACCGUUGUUGACCCGAAAGGGUACUUAACCGAUCUCAAAAGUAUGAAGAUCACAAGUGAUGCUGAGAUAUCAGACAUCAAGAAAGCUCGGUUGUUAUUGAAAUCCGUUAUUCAAACCAAUCCAAAACAUCCACCUGGCUGGAUUGCAGCUGCAAGAUUAGAAGAAGUUGCAGGAAAGAUCCAAACAGCAAGAGAGUUAAUCAAAAAAGGAUGUGAAGAAUGCCCGAAAAAUGAAGACGUAUGGAUCGAAGCAUGUCGAUUAUCAAAUCCCGAUGAAGCAAAAGCCGUAAUUGCUCGUGGAGUUAAAGCAAUUCCGAACUCGGUCAAACUCUGGAUGCAAGCUGCAAAGUUGGAACACGAUGACGCGAGUAAAAGUCGGGUUUUAAGAAAAGGUCUUGAAAAUAUACCGGAUUCUGUUCGAUUAUGGAAAGCGGUUGUUGAACUUGCUAAUGAAGAAGACGCGAAACUUUUACUUCAACGCGCUGUCGAAUGUUGCCCGUUACAUGUUGAAUUAUGGCUUGCGUUAGCUCGAUUAGAAACAUAUGACGCUGCUAAAAAAGUGUUGAAUAAAGCGCGUGAAAAGCUUCCGAAAGAGCCCGCAAUUUGGAUAACCGCGGCUAAGUUAGAAGAAGCUAACGGUAACACAACCAUGGUUGGGAAGAUAAUCGAAAGAGGUAUACGCGCGUUGCAAAGAGAAGGUCUUGAAAUCGAUCGAGAAGCUUGGAUGAAAGAAGCGGAAGCUUCCGAAAGAGCGGGGUCCGUAGUUACAUGUAAUGCGAUUAUAAGUAACACAAUCGGAAUCGGAGUUGAAGAGGAAGAUAGAAAAACAACAUGGGUUGCAGACGCAGAGGAAUGUAAAAAACGGGGCUCCAUCGAAACUGCACGCGCUAUCUACGCGCACGCGUUAACCGUGUUUCUAACGAAAAAAAGUGUUUGGCUAAAAGCGGCUCAACUCGAGAAAGCUCAUGGGACCCGUGAAUCGCUCGACGCGUUACUUCGUAAAGCGGUUACUUACCGACCGCAAGCCGAAGUGUUAUGGCUCAUGGGCGCGAAAGAGAAGUGGCUCGCGGGCGAUGUCCCUGCCGCUAGAGCGAUUCUCCAAGAAGCGUACGCCGCAAUCCCAAAUUCAGAAGAAAUUUGGCUCGCAGCGUUCAAACUGGAGUUCGAAAACAACGAGCCGGAGCGGGCGCGUAUGCUUUUAGCAAAAGCGCGUGAACGCGGUGGGACCGAGCGCGUGUGGAUGAAGUCCGCGAUUGUCGAACGCGAAUUGGGAAACGUUGAUGAGGAACGAAAGUUGUUAGACGAAGGGUUGAGGCUAUUUCCGUCUUUUUUCAAAUUAUGGUUGAUGCUCGGGCAGCUCGAGGAGCGGCUCGAGCGGUCAACCGACGCGAGGACCGUAUACGAGUCCGGGUUAAAACACUGCCCGAACUCAACCCCGCUUUGGUUAUCCCUCGCCGGUCUCGAAGAGAGACUUUCAGGGUUAGGUAAAGUUCGGGCGGUUUUAACCACGGCGAGGAAGCGGAACCCGCAAAACCCGGAGUUAUGGUUGGCGGCGGUGAGAGUGGAGUUGAGACACGGGUCGAAAAAGGAGGCGGAUAAUUUGAUGGCGAAGGCGUUGCAAGAGUGUCCGAAUAGCGGGAUUUUAUGGGCGGCUUCGAUUGAAAUGGCGCCGAGGCCACAACGGAAGACGAAAAGUUCGGACGCGUAUAAGAAGUGUGAGCAUGAUCCGCAUGUGAUUGCGGCGAUUGGGAAGUUGUUUUGGGGGGAUAGGAAGGUGGAUAAGGCGAGGACUUGGUUGAAUAGAGCGGUUACUUUGGCACCGGAUGUUGGGGAUUUUUGGGGGUUGCUUUAUAAAUUUGAGUUGCAGCAUGGAAGUGAGGAACAGCGGGAGGAGGUGUUGAGGAAAUGUGUUUUGGCUGAACCGAAGCAUGGGGAGAGGUGGCAGGUGAUAUCGAAGGCAGUUGAGAAUUCGCAUCAGUCGGUUGAGGCGAUUUUGAAGAAGUUAGUUGUUGCUCUUGGGAAGGAAGAGAAAGCUGCUGAAGAGAAUAAACAUUAGUGACCUGUGUGUUUUGGCUUUUGAUUUCCAUUUUCAUUAGCAUUAUAUACGUUUCUAUUUUUUGGUGUUGACUGUUAUUUUGUUGGUUCAUGUGAAAAUUUGGUGAUUUUACAUGCGUAUGAAGUGUUUGUUGAAAUGUCUGAA